UAACCAUAUUUCUUCUAAAAUGCUAGAAAAUGACACUUUAUUUUGCCUGAGUGAACUCUUUUGGGAAAUUUUCUGAUAAAAGAUGCAGAAAAACCAGUUUUUUUGGGGACAACCCCUUCUUGGGCUUCCAGAACCAUGUUUCAUCUUUUCAGGCAGCAUUUGAUCAUCAAAAAAGAAAAUGGCUACUAUAUCAGAUAUUACAGUGUCUGCUGCCAUUAACAGUCUAUCUGCGUUACUAUUUCUUGUGGCAUUUGCUGUUUUUCGUCUACAACCCAUGAAUGAUCGAGUUUAUUUCCCAAAAUGGUAUCUCAAAGGCAUACGGGAAAAUCCAAGCACUACGGGACCUUUUGUGAAGAAAUUUGUAAAUCUAGAUUGUAGAAUGUAUCUAAGAUUCUUGAAUUGGGUGCCUGCUGCAUUAAAAAUGCCUCAACUUGAGCUUAUAGAUCAUGCAGGCCUUGAUUCUGCUGUGUAUAUUCGAAUCUAUCUUCUCGGCUUGAAAAUAUUUGUUCCUAUUGCUAUACUUGCUUUUGCUGUGCUGUUACCUGUCAAUUAUACUGGGGAGAAUUUCAAGAUAAUGAGCCUUAAUAUGAAAGAUUUAACAUUCGGUGAGAUAGACAAGUUCUCGAUAUCUAAUGUCCCACCUGGAUCAAAAAGGUUAAUUGCACAUAUAGCAAUGGCGUAUGUCUUCACAUUUUGGACAUGUUAUUCUCUUUAUAAGGAAUACAAAAUUGUAACCGACAUGAGGCUACACUUUUUGGCUUCUCAAAGCCGUCGUCCGGAUCAAUUUACUGUUCUUGUGAGGAAUGUCCCAGCAGAUCCUGAUGAAUCUGUUAGUGAACAUGUUGAACAUUUCUUUUGUGUUAAUCACCCAGAUCAAUAUCUUGUACAUAAGGUGGUCUACAAUGCAAAUAAGCUUGCGAAAAUGGUGGACCAGAAGAAAGAUUUACAUAACUGGCUUAUUUACUACACAAAUAAGUUUGAGAGAAAACCCAAUAAGAGGCCAACCACAAAGACAGGUUUUUGGGGUCUCUGGGGAAAAAAGAUUGAUGCAAUAAAUUACUACACGGAAGAAAUUGAGAAGUUGAGCAAAGAAGAAGUAGCAGAACGAGAAAGAGUCAUUGAUGACCCGAAAGCUGUCGUCCCAGCUGCGUUUGUUUCAUUCAGAUCACGAUGGGGUGCAGCUGUUUGUGCUCAAACACAACAAACAAAGAACCCAACUCGCUGGCUUACAGAUUGGGCUCCUGAGCCACGCGAUGUUUACUGGAACAACCUAGCAAUACCUUUCUUGGAACUCAAUGUGCGGAAAUUGAUCAUGGGUGCUGCUUUUUUUGGUCUUACGUUCUGUUUCAUGUUCCCUAUUGCCUUUGUUCAAACUUUGGCCAACAUCGAAUCAAUUGGAAAAGUACUUCCCUUUUUGAAACCUGUUAUCAAUAAAGGAUCUGCCAAGUCUUUCAUUCAAGGAUUUCUUCCUGGGAUUGUGUUAAAGAUUUUUCUUUUGGUUCUUCCGAUGAUUCUGAUGGAAAUGUCUAAAAUAGAGGGGUACACCGCAGUCUCGGCUUUGGAAGCAAGAUCAGCUGGAAAAUAUCAUCUCUUUUUACUCGUGAACGUGUUUCUUGGAAGCAUUGUCACCGGAACAGCUCUGCAGCAACUCAAAGAGUUCCUGAGCCAGUCAGCAUCCGAGAUUCCAAAAACCGUGGGCGUGUCGAUUCCAAUGAAAGCAACGUUUUUUAUUACAUAUAUUAUGGUAGAUGGUUGGGCUGGUGUUGCUGCUGAGAUCUUUAGAAUGGUUCCGUUGAUUCUGUAUCACUUGAAGAAUGUUUUCUUGGUGAAAACCGAAAAGGACAGAGAGGAGGCGAUGGAUCCUGGUUCAUUGGCUUGGCCAAUAACCGAGCCCCGUUUACAGUUGUACUUCUUGCUUGGGCUUGUCUACUCUACUGUCACUCCUAUACUUCUCCCAUUCAUAAUCACAUUCUUUGCUUUCGCCUAUCUUGUUUUCCGUCACCAGGUAAUUAAUGUCUACAACCAGAAGUACGAGAGUGCGGCAUCCUUUUGGCCAGAUGUUCAUCGGCGUAUUAUUAUUGGUCUAAUAAUUUCACAAAUUACGCUGUUAGGAUUACUGAGCACUAAACAGGCGGCAAACUCGACACCUUUUCUAAUCGUACUUCCGGUCUUAACCAUUUGGUUUCAUCGGUUUUGCAAGAACCGGUUUGAAUCCGCAUUCCGUAAAUUCCCAUUACAGGAUGCAAUGAUCAAAGAUACAUUAGAAAGGGCAACAGAACCGCAAUUGGAUCUGAAGGCAUAUCUGAAGGAUGCUUAUAUACAUCCAGUUUUCAAAGGCGGGGAGGUUGAAUUGACAGAUAUUGAUGAGGAUGAUGAUUUUCAUCUAGUUGCAACAAAGCGGAGUUCGCGUAAAGGGAGUCAAGUUGGAAGUCAAGUCGGAACUCGAGAAGGUAGUCCUGAUGACAGGACGGGUAUUUUUGCUGUUUAAAAUUUGUACAUUUGAACCAUUAUUUUUCUCUAUUCUUUGUAUAAAAGUUAGAUUUUUGAGUGCUAAA